AUGCGAUUGGUAGCUCAUCGUCAAACCGAGAACACAAAACCGGACGAAGGUGGUUCCACAAAAAGCGUAGUGGACAAGUCGCCAAAGAAGGAUGCCACUGUUUCGGAGUGGAACAGUAGUAAGGCUGAUGAAGAGGAGAAGACAAACAAGCAGGAGGAG